ACCUAGGAUAAUAGCAACCAAUUGAUUAUAAGUUGUCGGGCAAUUAUGACUUAUCGCUUCUACUGACUCGUUGACUCAGUAGAAGCAGACUUUAGAGGCUUAAGAUUUUCGUAUUCACCUUAGAUUUAUUGUUAAACAUCAGUUGAUAUCUACUUAUAAGUCUUAGAAUACAUCUCCAGUUCUAGAGAUGGACAAAACAAUCUGGAAAGUUAUUUUCACACUGUAUGUCUUGGCUCCAGUGUCAGGGUACAGUUCAAUGUCGGAAAAAUUAGAAGGACUGUUGUUGUCGUUGGAUAAACUUAUUUAUUACUAUGAACAACAUAGCAGUGAAUUUAAUUUUGAUGGUAUAUUUGGCCUAAUACCUUUACAAGGAGCCCUUGAAAGUAUUACUGAUGAAUCCCUGUAUGAAAACUAUGAAGAGGUCAGAUUUGCAUUGUUACCAAUGAUGAGGAAACUUAAGAUUCAAAUUUCGAGGAUAAACGUGAUCAUUAGGAAAAGUGUAAAACUCUUUGAAAAGAAAAGAGACCCCUACUUUAUGAAAAUGGGUCAACUUUUGGCACUGAAAUGGACUUUUCCCAAUCGGAACAUCCUGUAUUCUUUUUCAUUGAAUUCAUUAUUCAUACCAAGCGUGCAAAAUAUUUCUAGUGAUGAUUGUAUUAUUCAGCUACUAAAUGCCAAGCAUUAUGGGACCCUUGAUUGUCAUCUUUCAAUGAAAUGUAUCCUAAAGCUCAUGAACUUUCAUUCUCGUGGUUAUGAACUGGCUCACCAAGUUCUAUACAUUCUAAUUUCACAUCAAGUCAAUUGUACCGAUUCCCUGGAUGGUAUGUUGUCAAAUCUCUCGACCAGCGUGGAAGCCUUACAAAAUAAACUGUGUUCAAUUUUGUUUCGAGACUUUGUUAAAUUGUUUCUGCGUGUGGAAAUGAUCCCUCAAAAUCGAGAUAUUUUACUUGAAAAAAUGUUUGUGUGCGGAGGUCUUGGUUACGAAAAUUUUAUUCAGUUUUCUAUUCUGAGCAGAAUUUUGUCGUGGCAACAGCCUUCUGGAUGUUUUAUUUCUUCAGGUCCAGUAGGUGAAAAAAGCAAGCAUAGAAAUACUAAAAUCAUGUUUCACGAACGUCAUCCCCUUGUUGAACGCAGACAUGCAGGUGAAGUUGUAAAGUUUCGUAUUUUCAGCAUAUAGUAUUUGUUCGCAGACACCUAUUUUAAAUUACUAUUUUUAGGCUCUGUUCUUACCAUUGGCUUUCGUUGGUUCCGCUUUUUCGAGUCCAGUUUUUGAAAAAUUUACAUCAACAUCCCAAACCGUUUAAUUCCACCGUAAAAUCAACAUUUUCCCAAGUGUUAAUUUUGAGCUCCCUAAAAGUUCACUUUGUGUACUUAUGAUUGUAUUUUGAAUGUUUCACUGUUAUGCAAAACAUAUGGUUGUCUAUCACAUAUGACUUCUGUGGCUGCCGCUGUGAUGGGUCUGUAUUUGAGAGCGUUUUUCAUCCCCACAGGGUACAUGGAUGGAUAUUCAACCGAUUCAAUGCCUAUUAUAUGGAAAGUGUUUUUGGUCAGAUCAUAUACUUCACUUCCAAAACUGAUAGAAGAUGAUGAUAAUCAAAGUGGAAUUUCAAAUCAAAAUAUAUUAAACUCAUUUUCAAAUCGAUUAGUAUAUGUUAAAGGACCAAUAUAUUUACCAACCCGAAUCCCAUUUAGUUUAAGUUAUUCAACACAUUUUCAAGGAAAACUGGACGAAAUAAAUUCAGAUUUUUUAUUUGUUAGUAUUUUACUUUUAUGUUCUAUUUGUAUUUUUCUCUAUUUAUUAUUACGUAGUUUUAUAGUCUACUGUGGGUUUUUCAACUCAUCUAAACCAACUUUAAAAGUAUAAAUAACAGAAAAGAAACUGUACUCUAUCAUUUAUCAUUCAUAUUUCGUUCUUUUCAACUUACCAUUCGGUCAUUCUAAAUAAAAUUUUGUAAAAACGUUUAACUGUGAUAAAAAUUUAUCUUUUAAUAGAAAAAAAAAUAUAAUUUUAUUCUUAAAGUGUGAAUUACUUUAACACACACACACACACAUUACAAUUUACUAUGAACUAUGAUAGCAAGUGUUAUAGAAUGAAUCAGAUAUAUAACAUAGUCAAUCAAUUAUUUUUUGUCAUGCGGCACAAGUAUAAUGGCCACAUAAAAUAUUCCAUUAGUUAUUCAGUGAUAAGUUACACUCAGUGACAUACAAGUUCUUCACAGUUUGAUUAUACGUUAAUGUAGGAUAUAUAUAUAUAUAUAUAUAUAUAUAUAUAUAUAUAUAGUGUAAACAAUUUCUGAUUAUUUAGAAGCUAUCGGUUCAUAAAAUAUCAUUUUUUUAUUUUGUCAAGUGUUAUGCUAUCGCACAUUGGGCAUGGAUAAAAAUUAACAUGUCAUAUUCUUUUCGAAAUGAACAGUCAAAUGUACAGUUUAUAGUUAAUUAUUACAAAUUAGUAAAAAGUGGAGGCUUUUUGAUCGGUUGACAUGAAUGUAUGUGGUAUUACUUACUUAACCCUAUUAACUCUCGUGGAUUAUAAGCCACCGACUAUCAUAAUCCCAUCAACAUUACCGUGGACUCUCAUUUUCGACUAUCGCCAAUCACGUGGACAACUGUUUAUAAAUACCUGUAACAUUUUGAUGAUGGUUGUAAUAGUUCUUCAAAUUUCAACUUCGUAAAAUAGAACUGUCUUGAUGCUCGUACUGAAAAAGCUGUCCAUUGUAUUCCGCGCUCUCCUCAGAUGUGAAGGCUUUCAUAAUCUGGUUGAUCACCACAAGAAAUAGAGAGAAUGAAAUGAAACAGAAUUGUCUGACAUCCAUCUUCACGUACACUGUAUUUGUGAGCUAUCCUUCAUACACGACACUACAGUAUAGUUCAUACAAUGAAUUGCGUAUGUUGUUGACGAUCUCCUCACAUAUAUCUAAUGUCGAAGAAGAUUCUAUGGUUAUCUCCUAUCCACGCUGUUAAAUGCUUUCUCAUAGUCAAGGACGUUGAUGUAUAGUGACGAGUUCCAUUCAAUCGAUUGCUCAGCAAUGAUUUGUAGUGCCACAAAUUGCUCUGUGCACGAUCAAUCCUUACAAAAUCAAACCUAUUGGUCAUGACUUUGUGCGUCUACUGAAUCUUUCAUCCAGUUCAACAACACUCCGUUGAAAACCUUUCCUGGUACUGACUGUAGUGUGAUGUCUGUAUAGUUCUCACACUCGCUCAUAUCUCCUUUCAUCUGUAUGUUGAUGAGUUAUCAUUCUUUCCAUUCUGCUCUAUUUGUUCCUCCCUAUUCUUGUUGAAGAGAACCUAAAAUAUCUUUGCAUUUAAUUCUAUGCAUAAUUUCAUUGAUUCAGCUGUUAUGUUGUCUGGUACUACCAACUAUCCAAACUUGAUCUGUCCGAUGACAAUGCUGGUUUCUUCGUUUGUUGAUGGAGUGGCACCUAUGAGAAUGUCUGUGUAUGUUGCUUCGAUGUUGGUGUGUUCAGUGGAGCUGGUCUAUUCAACAGUUUCGCAAAGUGUUCUACCCAUCUGUUCGUCUGUUGUUGGAUUUCAGUGAUUGUCUUGCCUUCUUUGUCAUUCACUGGUCUCUCUGGUUCACUAUAUCCCCCUACUAUAUUCUUCGUUGUGCCACAUAUUCCAUUCACUUGCUCAUUUUCCCACUGUCAUUACUAGGUCUUCUACAUAUUCCUAAUUGUCGACUCUACUAAUACUACUACUACUACCACUACUUACUCCUUACUCACUUGUCCGCUUCUGUAUAUUCUGUCUGUAUUUUCGCAUUUCCUGCUCUUGUUCAACGUUUGUUGAUUGCUGUCUUGUUUAUUUGCUUUCUUAUAUAUUCCUCAAGGUAUCAUUCGAGAUCGAUUCUGUAUGAUGAUGCUACUUGCAACUCAACACCUCCUCGUAUGUUGAAGCUAUUGCUUUUCUUAUCUCUUUCGAGUUUACUCCAUGAUAAUUUACUCUUCUUCGUGUAGAUCUUGUAAAGCCUGAAAACUGUUGUUGAGAGCUAUUCUGAAUUCAAUGAGUUUGUCAGUAUUUUGAAGGAAGACUCCAUUGAACUUCUGUAAUGCUGUUUCAACAGUUGUCCAGUGCCUCGAUAACUUCGAAUUCAUCUUGGCAAUCACCAGGUAGAUUAUGAUGAUGUGAAGCAAUGUAGUUGCUCCUCUCUUCGUUCUCAUGUCUUCCACUGUCCUUUGAAUUUUUUAUUGACGCAAAUGUGAUCAACCUGAUUUCCUGUGAUGCGAUACACUGAGACCAAUGUGGUUUGUGUAUGUGUUUGUGAGAGAAUAUAGUGCCACCUAAAUCAUUUUGUUAAAGACACAUAGAUCAUCAAAUCUGUCACCAACCACGUUCCUUUCUGACAGUCAGUCCAUGUAUUCCGAAGAUAUUUUCAUACCCAAUGUUGUUCAUUUCGACCUUAGAACAUCAUGAUGUGCAGGUGGUUUCCUAUACACUUCUCGACGCUCGCCUACAACCUCCCAUUAAACCGACCUUUGUCAUGUUCAUUGCUAUAAUUGGUUGGUGCAUAUGAUUAGACAACAUUCAUCGUGAUUCCCUUGAUCCGCGUUUUGAAGAAUGAUUUGUUGAUUGUGAAUCCAUGAGAUUUCGAUGGUGUAAGUGCUUUCCGUAUUUCUCUGGACGCCAUCAGUGCCACGCCAUGUGUGUGGUAUUCAUUUUCUUCCUUGAAACCAGAGUACAGAAGCAUCUCUCCCGAAUAUCAUAUUGUCUGUCCAACUUGAUUGCAAUGAGUUUCACAUGUUUCGGGCACGGCCCAUUUGUAUUGCCUCAUUUUCGCAUAUAUUUGACUGGUCGUCCCUUCUCACAUAUUGUUCGAACAUUCCAUAUGCUUAUAAUAAUCGUUGUUUUGGUUAUUAGAAGUGAAAUCUGUGUUUUAAAUUGCGAGGAAUCUCGGCUUUCACCCUGAAGUCUUAUAAUUUUUCUUAAUGAAGAUCCUUCAACCUCCAGGAUAGAUUUCUAAUGGUUCAAAUGACUUUUUGGACUACUAUUUUUGACAGAGUUUUGUUUUACGGGCUUGGGAUACUGAGUCCAUGUCAAAUCCUCCUCCUUUAUUCGGACUUGUGACCUGCAGCAAUCUUUCAAGAGUUUCAGAUAGUUUUUUAACUGAUAUUUUUAAAAGUCACUUUAAUGAUCCUAAAAACUGUCCAAAAAUAAAUUGGCUGUGUCAAACAUGUUCAUUCCCUUUAAUGAAUACAAAUGCUAAUUGUGUUUAUAAAAAUGGUGAAAUUCAGAAUUUAACAUAAGCGAAAAUCAUCAUGUAAGAUUUUGUUUUAUUUCUGUGACGACGGACCACUGGUGAACUCGAGGAAGCUGUAAGAGGCUCAGAAGGAGCCGAAGACGUCCCAUCUAAUCACCUUUCGGAAGAAUGUUUUAGAAUUCCAACGUGUAGCUUCCCGAUUGGAUAGCGCUAAUAACCCCCUGUAUGCGGAUUGGAAGACUGUAAUGAUGAUUUCGUUCUCACUAAAAACUAUAAAUACUUGACAAUUUUGUACUAUGAUUGACACUGUUUGGAAUAAUAUUCCUUUCGUUAGUCUUCUGUCUUCUUACUGCGACUUGGAAGGGUUUUGGUGUUCUAGUGCUCAGUUAUUCGCGGUAUAUCGAAAAAUCAGCUUUUUCAAGAUAUAACAAUUUCAAAGACAUUAUCUCAAGUUUAUAUUAUUUAUAAAACGAAAUUUAUCAAAGAGUUCUUUCUAGAACUGUUCAUCUACCAUCCUAUAACCUCUAGAUUUCAAAUAAAGAAUGACACUUCUAAACUUUUGAGGUUGUUGAAUAUUAAAAUGGUAAGCAAAUUUUCUCAUUAUUUCUUGAGUGUAUCUAUUAAUCAUAUUAUAAAGUAUAAAUGACAUGAUAUUUGUUAUCAAAUAAAGCUUCCUUAAUAAAUUCUGUUAUCAAAAUGGUAUUCAUUCUUUACAUUAUACAUUCAUGUAUUAUUUGUCAAAGAAUUUAUUUCAUAUAUUAAUGCCUAUACAUGUAAACUGGUUAAAAGACUGAUAAAUUUAUAUUCACAACUAAACAAAUGAUAUAACUGCCAGUAAUUAGGUUUCAUAAUAACAUAAG